AUGAAGAGAGAUUGUCACUUUAGUAAUCCGCGUCGAAAAACUCUAGUUCUAGAGUCACGACUCAAAGAUCUCGAAGCGAAAGCAAAAGCAUACGACCUGCUCUUUAAGAACGAGUCGCACCAGCAUGUGGACCACGAUACGUCAGAAGCGGAAGAAAUAGAAAGCGAUGACUCGAUGUUUGAAACGUCGUCGUCAGAUGCGCUGAUCCAGAAAGUGAUGAGGAUUAAAAGAUUACGAGAGAUCAAGGUCGACAAGCCCAGUCUGUUUGAAAUUGAAAAGUUGUCUGGUAAUCCGCAAUUGUCCUCGUUCGAUGUGAAGUACGCAGAGUUCUUGAUGAUGAAAACGCUCACAGCCAUUUUCCUGCCUUUGGAACCCGAAGGCUUAAAGCAAAAGUUCAUCGAAUACAGCGCCUCUGGGUCUCUGAAAUUUCCAUCUUGCGACGAUGACUACUGGAAACAGCUUCUGAUGAUCACCAUCGCUAUGGGGCAGCUGUGGGAUUCUUCCUCUGCCACAUCAGCUCAGAUUUAUCCUGGGUAUGACUUUUUCAUUGCCACGUUGGCCUCCAUAGAUCUUACUCACUCUCUUCGCCAUCCAAGGUUGAUUGAGGUUUGCAACUGCAUCUGCUACUAUUUCAGAGCUAUUGGGGACGAGAAAAAUGCACUGUUUUACUCGAACGUUGCAAUUGAGCUGGCCGUUCUGAUGCGGUUGUACGUUCCCGAUCCAUCAGAAAGAGAUAAGCUCCAAGAGUAUCGAAAGCAACUUUGGUGGAAAACUUACACUAUCAACAGGUUCAUUGACCUCAAAGUUGGGGACCCGCUGUUGAUAAACAGACAUCUGAUCAAGAUCGGGUUCCCGCGUACAUUCUUUGACCCUGUCCCUGGAGGAGGUGACAGCCCAGACGCCAGCUACAUUAGUAGCUACUUCAAUUUGGCUCUGCUAUCAGAGGAUAUAAUCAACGUCAUAUAUCUUAAAGCUGGUCUGCAGUCGGGAAAGCAGAAGUAUCUCAAGUCUGUGUGGGAGGUGAUCCAGAAGAUUUUGGACUGGACCAAAGGUCUUCCAGAAAAAUAUAAAGCGCACGAGCUCGUAAACCUUCCUCUCGAUAAGAAACGAUGGUGUGGGUCUUUGCACUUAAUUCACUGCUUUGUUGUUCAUGUUGCUACGAUUCCGAUUUUUCUCAGAGUGAUCAAAAAGAAGCAAGAGAAUAAAGCAUUGGGUUUGGAAUACGAGUUCGAGGAAUUGCCCAAUCUGGUGGCUACUUUGUUGACAAUAUGUUUUAACUUUGCAUGUCAGGCUUUGGAGGUUGUCGCAAUGCUUUACAGCAACAACAUACUUGCAGUCUUUGGUCCUAUGGAUUUAGAUCACCUCUAUGGAGCUUCCAUGACGUUCUACAUGGCUAUGCUUCUAGGCUACAAACAGUUCCCCAAUGCAGAGCAAUCGCUGCAAAAAUGUCUUCGAUACGCCAAGUUCAUGGCCGAUAGUGGAAACAAGCGGGCUAAAGAAGAAUACAGAUUUUUGAUCAAUGCGAUCAAGGAACUCAAACAGUCAGAUUCGGAGGACUUUUCUGUUUUGGGAGAUAUCGAGCUUCCCAUCCAUGCAGAAAGCCAGUCACCGAUAUUCGAGCCACCGAACAACCUUGACUUCCUAUCUGAGAUUGACGCGCAGUUCUGGGAAGAGGUCUACAUGCAAGGUCCGGAAAUUAACUACUCGUUAGACUCGGGAGAUUUCUUUGAGAAUCUGAUAUGA